AUAGCUUUGAACGACACAUAAACACAGAUCAAUCCUUUAACCUUCAUAAUCAAACCGGAUCCUCCAAGCAGUAUGCCCCUGUACAAGUUCCUCGUCACAGGCUAUAGGCCAUCACUCUCCAUCUUUUCGUUCGACCCCUCAACCGCCAAGGUCAAGCUCGUUUCCGAGUUCUCUCCCGCACCCCAGAACGGCACCCGGCUUGAGCUCGCCGAUCCCACCUCUGUGUCAUCGCAAGGCACAGAGAGGAACUUAUAUUGGCUGUCAGAUGCUAACAAGGGAUCGGCUGUGAGUCUCAAACUUGCAGACGAUCAGAUUGAAAUCACGGCCGAGAGACUCUCCCAUGGCGGAGGCGUCCAUAUCCAUGUCAUGAAAGACGGCUCUGGUAUAGUCGUGUCCAACUUUAUCGGCGGCUCUAUCAUCUUCUUCCCCAUCACUGCUUCUGGCGCCCUGUCAGAAACAUCAGAAUCCCCACUCCUCACUCUGCCGUUCGUAUACGAAUCACAGACAGCACCGAAUGUUAAGCGUCAAGAAGCAUCUCACGCUCAUCAUGUGGUAGAAGGCAGGAAUGGUAUUCUUUAUGUUUCCGACUUGGGCAACGACCGUAUUUGGAUUGUAAAGCGAGAAGGAGAAAGCGGCUUGGCCAUCAAGGGGUACUUGCAAGCCCCUCCUGGAACAGGUCCUAGACACAGUCUCAUCUCCAAAGACGGGAAAUAUCUGUACUGUCUCACAGAGCUCACCAGCGACAUCCUUGUCUUCCCUUUAGAGGACACUUUUGAGACCAUUCAGCCCCUUCCUGAUUUCAAAUGCAACAUCAUCCCCCCGUCAGUCCCAGCUGCGGCCCACCACCACCUAAACGCUGCCGAACUGAUCUUCAACCCGACUAUUCCCAACGUUCUCUAUGCGUCUAAUCGACUUGAACUCCGUCUUCCAGCCGAAUUUGCGACUGGCGAGCUUGGAGAUGCGGUGGCUAUUGUGACGCUGAAUGAAGAGGGGAACAAGUUAGUUGAUGUCAAGUUUAUCAGGACCGGCUGUAAUAAUAUUCGAGGAAUGAGGGCUAGUCCUGAUGGCAAAUAUGUCGCUGUAGCCGGAAGAUACGGAGGCGGAGUCGAGAUUUGGAGCGUGGGGGAUUCGGGGGUAGAUUGGAGGCUUGCUGGAAAGGACGAAAAUAUCGAUUCGGUCACUGAUAUGGCGUGGUUAUAAUCGUGCAGUAAAAGCCAAAAGUCUGGGCAAAUUUAGAUACAUGAAAUGGCAACACACUAAACUAGUCUGAA